AUAAUAGAUUUAAGGUGUUAGGUAAGAGACGGUUUGUUCUGAAAGUCCAGGACUCUAUCAAGUUCAUGGACUCUAUGGUAUAUCUUCUUCUUCGGUCUUCUUCCUCCGCUUGAUUUUUUGCUUCACCGGAACCCACAUGACGCCUGAUUUUUGAAAUACAUAGACAGCUGGUUUUUGCAAAAUAUAUGAUUUUAGAAAUUGGUGGAAGGGAUAAAAUACGGAUAUCCUGUGCCUCUUGGAGGGAAAGACCAGGUUUCUUUGAGGCAGAUAAUCAAAAGAUGGAUUGCAAAAUUUCUGCUUUUAGCUCUCUAUAAAUGAAAUAUGAAUUUGAUUAGUGGUGGAAAACAAAGCAAACUUUUUGCGUUACCAAUUGCCCCAAAACACCUGCUUUCAAUCCGUAUGAUCUAGGGCUGGAGACGGAGGAGCAAAGGCGUUGAAGAGAAUCCCUCGCAAUCAAAUUUCUUCAAAUACAGAACGAUGCCGUUUUGAUAUUAGUUUUUGUUAAAAAUGUUGACUUGAGAAUACUACCAGUCGUUCGAUGAUCUCGGGAAAGAGCCAUAAAUAACUUGUCGUUCAAUUUCUCCUGUGUAGUUCCGUGUUCAUGACCGCCGUUAGUUAUUUGUCCGUUGAGGAGAAGAGCUGUCGCUCGAGGACUCGCGCGACAAAGAAUACACUGGAGUUGUAGUACUUGGGCCUAACUUUAGCUUUAUAUAAUGCCAAACGUUGUGCAGAAAUCUAAGAAUAUUCGUUGAAUUCCUUUUCGGAGAGGACUAUCCCGAAGCCUAUAUCUUUUUUUGGCAAAAAAAAAGAGCUACUAAUGGAUUUGAUCGCCAAGGCUGAAGCCACUUAUGAGGUUGUGUUGCAAGGGACUGUAGCAGGUAAAUGCAAGGGGUAAAUCUAUGAUUCUAGCAGCGUAGCUCUUACAUCUUUUAUCUCCAUGAAGUUUACAUGCUUGAGUAAAGGGAAUGGUUUCCAUUUACCGCCAUGCUAUAUUGUCCACGCGAGUGGGUUUAGGAUAUUGCUUGAUUGCCCACUGGACCUAUCAGCUCUCACUAUAUUUUCUCCUGUUCCUGCUGAUUUUUGUCCCAUAGUUCUUGAAGGAUCUUCUAAUAGUCCAGUCUAUGAUUCAUUGAAUACGGGAUUGGAGACUCAAAAGAGAUGUAAAAUUGAGAAGCCCCUUGAUGCAAAAAAUUUAAUCUAUGCAGAGCCUUGGUAUAAAACUGCAAAGAACUUGCAAUUUUGGGAUCCUUCUUCCAUUGAUAUUGUAUUGAUUUCAAGUACCAUGGGCAUGCUUGGGCUACCAUUUCUUACUCGAAGUAAGGGUUUUUCUGCAAAGAUAUACACAACUGAAGCAACUGCAAGGCUUGGGCAACUUAUGAUGGAAGAUCUUGUCUCAAUGCACAAUGAAUUCCGGAAUUUUUAUGGACCUACGGAGUUUGAUUCUCCUCAAUGGAUGAAGUGGGAAGAACUUGAAUUACUUCCAUCUUCACUGGGGGAAGUGGCUUUGGGCAAAGAUGGAUCAGAGCUGGGCAGUUGGAUGCCACUGUACAGAUCAGUGGAUGUGCACGAUUGCAUGCAGAAGGUCCAAACGCUUAAAUAUGCUGAAGCAGCCUGUCAUAAUGGAGCAUUGGUCAUAAAGGCGUUUAGUUCAGGUUUAGAGAUAGGCUCGUGCAAUUGGACUGUUGAAGGUCCAGAAGAAAAUUUUGCAUGUGUAUCAAGCUCUAUAUUUGUAUCUGCUCAUGCAAUGGAGUUUGAUUAUCGUGCUCUGCAAGGGAAGGACCUGAUAUUGUAUUCAGACUUCUCAGCUGUGAUAGAAGAUGUUGAACAUCAUGAUAAUGAUUCUUCUCCAACAACUAACAAUCUGUCAACUAUCAGCAGUGAUGAAGAUAAUCAGAAAGAGUUGAAUGAAUGCUUAUUAAGUAAUGAUGAGAGCUUAUUGGAAAGCGAGAAACUAGCUUUUAUAUGCUCAUGUGUUGUGGAUUCUGUUACAGCCGGUGGUUCUGUCCUCUUUCCUUUAAAUCGUCUGGGAAUUGUUCUGCAGCUGUUGGAGCAGAUACCAAUUUCCCUUGAAUCUUCUGAUUUGAAGGUACCAAUAUACAUUAUCUCUUCUAUAGCAGCAGAGCUGCUAGCAUUCACUAAUAUUAUACCAGAAUGGCUUUGCAAGCUCCGGCAAGAAAAGCUGUUUUCUGGUGAGCCAUUGUUUUCACACAUCGAGCUCAUGAAAGGAAAGAAGCUUCAUGUGUUUCCUGAUCUUCAUUCCCCCAACCUAAUAACCAAUUGGCGGGAACCAUGCAUCAUAUUUGCUCCUCACUGGAGUCUACGGCUUGGUCCUCUUGUUCAUUUGGUUAGACGAUGGUCUGGAGAUCAGAACUCUUUACUUGUUCUAGAGGAUAGAUUGGAUGCCGAUAUGGCCCUCUUGCCUUUCAAGCCAAUAGCAAUGAAGGUUCUACAGUGUUCAUUCAUUUCUGGAAUACAGAUGAGGAAAGCUCAACCUUUGCUGAGUGUAUUGCAGCCAAAAACUGUUGUGUUACCAGAGGAUUUGAAGCCGAAGGUCAACGACUCAAAGUCAAGUUCACAUUCAUUUUCUGUCUUUUACUACAAUGAAAACGAAACACUAGAUAUACAAAGCUUAAAAGACAGUUUUGGGGUAGAGAUUGCAACAGACUUGGCCACUAGUUUCUCUUGGAGAAAGCUGAAACAGAACAACAUGGACGUCACAAGACUGGAUGGACAGCUAUUCAUUAACGACAAGAAACACCAACUACUCUUAGGAGACAAGGUGUUAGACUCCUCAGAGAGUAGGCCAUUACUACAAUGGGGUUUGCUUGAUAUGGAGAAGCUACUUGCUCUGCUGUCAAAGAUGGGUAUUAAUGGAUCUAUAGAACAACGCACGAGUGAUGCUGAAUCGGAAAUCGUUAGGAUCAUACAAAUCCACAACCCAAACAAAGCCUUGAUAGAAGCUCGAGCCACAAGUACUGUUAUAAGUACUUGCGAUGAGAAUUUAGGCAGCCAAAUCUUUCAAGCCAUCAGUAGUCUUUUGGAUGCCAUUUAGAAGCAAGGGAAUUCGCGUUAGGAUCCAUAUGGUCCCCUAUUUAAUUCUGAAUUAAGCAGUGAUUAGUUUCUAAUACUGAAUUAGUAAUCUUGUGAUUAGGGUAAUAUAAUGCUAAAGUGAUUUCAUAUUGUAUUGUAGUGAUUGAACGUUCAAUGUAGUGAGCUUUGUCAUCAAUUUCUUGUAGCCUUGGAAUUACCUUCGGAUUUUGAUGAAAGAAACACUAUGGAGUCUUGACAGAGAUCCCUGUCUCAGAAUAAUAAUGAUUUGCUCAGUACGUUAACGCUUUCA